AUGUUGGGUUUGAGAAACGGUGUCAAGGCUAGUUUGAAGUCUGUCGCUCCAGCUAGAUUGUUGUCUACUUCUUCAGUUGCUGCUAAGUCUACUUACAGAACUCCGGACUUUGGGGAUUACAUUAAGGAAAACAAUGACGCUGACAAGAGCCGUAACUAUGCAUACUUCAUGGUUGGUUCUCUAGGUUUGUUGUCUUCUGCUGGUGCCAAGUCUACCGUUGAAACUUUCAUUUCCUCCAUGUCUGCUUCUGCUGAUGUUUUGGCCAUGGCCAAGGUGGAAGUCAACUUGGCUGCUAUUCCAGAAGGUAAGAACGUUGUCGUUAAAUGGCAAGGUAAGCCAGUCUUCAUCAGACACAGAACUGCACACGAAAUCCAAGAAGCCAACCAAGUUGAAAUCAACUCUUUGAAGGAUCCUCAAGCCGAUUCUGACAGAGUUCAAAAGCCAGAAUGGUUGGUCAUGUUGGGUAUCUGUACUCACUUGGGUUGUGUUCCUAUCGGUGAAUCUGGUGACUUCGGUGGUUGGUUCUGCCCAUGUCACGGUUCCCAUUAUGAUAUCUCCGGUAGAAUUAGAAAGGGUCCAGCUCCAUUGAACUUGGAAAUCCCUCAAUACGAAUUUGACGGUGACAACUUGAUUGUCGGUUAA